AUGACGACAUCGGAAAAUAUCAACCCACUACCUCCACCCCCACAGAAAAUAUCGCCAAUGCAAUAUGUGCGUGCCUGGGGAGAAAAUUCCUUCCCACCUACGAUUCUUGCAACUCUCAUCGCCGCUCAACACAUGCGGCCCUUCCAGCCUCUUCCCAUGAUCUUUCCCCCCGCCCUCUUAUUCACCACAUAUCUCAAUCUCCUGGACCAUAAAGUCGAUGCGGCGGGUGUGAGCGCAGCUUGGUCGGGUCUGUACUUGCUGCUUGCCGCGAAAAGAAAACAGCAGUUUAGGCAGAAGUGGGGAGCUAGAGGAAUUGUUAGGGGGACAGCUAUGGGGUUGGGAUUUGCAAAUAUGGUGAGUGGCGGGUUGGUUUAUAUACUUGGAAAGAGAAGGGGGGAGGAUGGGGAGGGACUAAGUGUUUGA